AUGGUACAGAUUCAUGAACUCAAAACGGGGGCAAUUUUGCAGUACAUCAAGGCAGGUGUAGAUCUUCAUGCAUAUCAAGCUCGAGAAAUCCUUCAACGCCCAAGAUCGAAUAUACAAAGUAUGGAAACAUACUACCUUACAUCUCUUCUCCAAAAGUCAAUACAUAUUAUCAAUGGCUUCUCUGAAAAGAAGGGUCAACUCUGGAUACCAAGAGCAAAUGCCUGUCCAACCGAGAGUCUCCAAAAGAAGGUUUUUUCAAGAGCAGAUAGACUUUCACAAAAAGUCAGAGAAGGUAUAGUCUGUGAGCAGUCGAUAUCCAACCAAGCUUUUCUCCAGAUGUUGAAGAAUAUGCGCAAAAUUAUCUUGCAAGAUGGUGUUAUGUUUCGGGUCGAGAAUAGGGUCAACCAAUUCUUCAACCAUAGCUUUUUCAGUGAUCCCGAGCUUUUUUCUUUGAAAAUGCCAUACACGCUGCCUGUUAGAUUGCGCAGGAACCUGAAGACAUUAUUUUACAAAGGGCCAUUCCAGUUCUAUCAAGACAGCGUCAAAGUUUAA